ACCACACGCGGCUGCUGCUGUCUGCAUCGAUGGACCGCGAUUAACAGAAGAAAGUGAACGUGAUUUCGGGUACGGCGGAAGGGGUCGGUAACCGGCUGUCGUCGUCAUCCUCGAACUGCGUUUGAAGCGCAAACGGCACGGCACUCGCUCGUCGUAUACUCGAUCGCACCAACACUUAUCGUCGUCGCACACUUGACCGAUUUUGAGACUCGUCAAACAGUAGAACUCAGGGUGAAAAAUGACGAACCAAAGUGUGUGCGAGUGGUACAACGAUCGUUCGGUGUUCAUCACCGGAGGAACUGGCUACAUGGGCAAAGUACUCACCGAGAAGCUACUUAGAGACUGUGGAAACGUCAAAAAUAUUUACAUACUGUGUAGACCAAAGCGAGGUUUCACCCCUGCAGCCAGAAUAGAGCAAAUAAGGAAAUUAGCAGUGUUCGACCGAGUGCGAACAGAGUUUCCGGACAGGCUGAAGAAAAUCAAAUCGAUGGAAGGUGACCUGGGCCUACCAGGACUAGGACUUAGCAACGAAAACAAGUCGAUACUCGUCAACGAAGUGUCAAUCGUUUUUAACGGGGCGGCAUCAUUGCGCUUGGAAUCCGGUCUGAAGGAUGCGAUAAGAUACAAUACUACUGGAACGAAACAUGUGUUGGACUUGGCUGUCGAAAUGAAAAAUUUGGAGUCGUUCGUUCAUUUGUCCACGGCUUUCUGUCACUGCGAAUAUGACACACUUGAUGAAACGAUUUAUCCAUCGCCGGCUAAUCCGGAAGACGUCAUGCGAGCUGUCGAAUGGAUGGACGAUCAUACGCUUGAAAUCAUCACGCCUAGGUUGCUCGGGCCCCAUCCAAAUUGCUACACUUACUCUAAAAGAUUGGCGGAAUCAUUGGUCAGUGAAUAUGCCAAUCGGAUUCCAAUAUCUGUAGCCCGUCCGUCGAUUGUGACGCCUUCGUUCAAAGAGCCCGUUCCAGGAUGGGUGGAUAGCUUAAACGGCCCUGUAGGAGUCAUCGUGGCUGGCGGAAAGGGAGUGAUCCGAUCCAUGUUAUGCAGUCCAGAUUAUGAAGCAGAAGUCGUGCCAGUAGACAUUGCGAUUAAUGCACUUGUUUUAAUUGCUUGGAAGAGAACAACAAUCGAUAAUACAAUCGAAGACAUGGUUCCGUGUUACAAUAUAUCCAAAGGAGACAUCGUUCGCUUGACUUGGGGUGAAGUGUUGGCCAAAGGAAAACGAUACGCAUACGAGUAUCCAUUCGACGCCGGUCUAUGGUACCCCAAUGGAUCGAUAAGGACCAACAAAUUUGUACACUAUUUCAUUGUUUUCAUGCUGCAGAUCGUGCCGGCCUACUUGAUCGAUGGAAUUAUGAUAUUGGCUAGGCAAAAGACAUUCAUGGUCCGAGUUCAAAAGAGGAUAGCCGUUGGAAUGGAAGUAUUGCAGUACUUUACUAUGCGUGGUUGGAACUUCAAAAUCGAAAACACUAAAGGUCUGUUACACAACCUGAACAAAGAGGAUCUGGAAAAGUUUUACAUCCAGAACACCGAAGUUGAUGUCGAAAAGUACAUGAUCAAUGUGUUGCUGGGUGCUCGUCAAUAUUGUAUGAAAGAGCCUCUUGCAAAUCUGGAUAGAGCGAGAUUUCAUCUAAAACUGCUGUAUUGGUUGAAUUUGGCAACUCAACUGUUUUUCGGAGUUUUGCUCUUGUGGCUGUUCGUACGUGUGUUUGAUUCUUUCAAGUUUUUGCUGGACUCUACCACACACUCAUUCACGAAUGUACCGAUAAUUGGAUCCCUAAUACCAAAAUGAUGUGCUCCGAAGAACCAUAUUAUUUACAUCACUUAUUAACCGUCUUAUGAUUGUGCAUGUAAAAUAAAGCAUAAUAAUAUGCUUAUGGUUAUUAUAUAUUCAUUAUUAUGUAUAAAUUAUUAUUCUAUGAAACAUAUAUUAUUACUGUGGAAGG